UUCUGUACACUGCUAUUAAUCCGAAAUGUUCUGUUUUAAGUUUUGUUGAGAAGAAGGAAAAGAUCACUGUAUUACUUGGCCGAGUGCCUUGCUGGUUUCUCCAUGGCGGAUCGAGCGUGUACAAGGGAUUGAUUACCGGUGUACUCUGUUGUUUUCUUGGACUACUGAAGUUUAAAUCCUCCCAUCUUUUGUCUGGAUGGGAAGAAUGGAAAUGGAAGAGCAGUGGUGGAAGGGCCAGCUAGCUGCAGACAUCCAUCAAACUCUUCGAUUAAAGGAACUGAAACUACCCAUUUACAGAGCCCACUCACCACAGAUUGGUAUGCGUCGCUAUUUUGCCGACCUAUUAGCUAUCCUCAGCAAUCAUUAUCAGCUUUGUCCCACAGCACGCCACCUUGCUGUGUACUUGCUGGACCUCUUCAUGGACCACUAUGAUGUUGCAGUGAAACAACUGUAUAUCGUUGCUCUAUCCUGUCUCCUUUUAGCAAGUAAAUUUGAAGAAAAGGAAGAUCGUGUCCCAAAGAUAGAGCAGCUGAAUACCUUGGGGUUUAUGUCCAACCUAAAUUUAACUCUGACUAAGAAAGAGUUAUUAAAAAUGGAACUACUAUUACUGGAUACCUUCAACUGGAACCUCUGCUUGCCAACUGCAGCCCAUUUCUUGGACUACUACCUCUUAGCAUCUGUUCAGGAGACUGAUCUCCACAAUGGCUGGCCACUUGCUUCACUAACUAAGACCAAGCUCUUUAUGGAGAAGUACGCACACUAUUUUCUGGAAGUGUCAUUACAAGAUCAUGCAUUUCUCAGUUUUCGUCCAUCUCUGGUGGCUGCUUCCUGUAUAGCCUCGUCUAGGAUCUGUCUGCAAAUAUCUCCAUCCUGGACCACACCACUCCACUUGUUAACAGGCUACACUUGGGAUCACCUGACACAGUGCAUUGAAUUAAUGCUUAUCGCACAUGAUAAUGAUGUGAAAGAAGCAGCAAAGAUCAAAAGUCAAGCAGUACAUUUGCAGCAGCCACAGCAGAUUGUAAUUCAGCGACACCCUCAGGCAGCAACACCACAACUAGUGUUCCAGCCAUCUAACUUCCAGCAGCUACCUCAGCAUUCUACUCCCAUUCACCAGUUUCCGUCUCCAGCCCAUUCUCAGGAUUUGGGUCCUUCCCACAGGGAGUCCUUGCAGGCUCACAGAUCAAGUAUAUUGUCGGGUAGUUCUAGUAGCGUUCUUCACACUUAUCCCAGUCUUCAAGCCACUUUGCAGCCUGCACUGAGGACUCUGUCUAUUCAAGGACCUAUUACCAUGCAAGUUGCCAUAACAACUGAGCCAAGACACUGCAUUUCUAUGACCUAUGGUAGUACUUAUUUAAAUGGACAUCAUUCAUAUACAGCUGGGUGCUUUGACCGAUGAUGGUGCAUUCUCAUAUAUUUUGUACAAGUAGGAAAACUGCUUCUCUCAACUUUAUAAAAGCAAAAGAGGAAGCUGUUAAGUUUUUAUGCAUUUUUACGAGUUCAUGUUUCUUGGCUAUAUAUAAUGACUUAUGCCUGAAGUGGAAAUGUAUUUAUUAAGUGGAUAUCUUUUUUGCUCCGGAUACUAAAGUGUUGCAUUUUAAGUUAUAUUUUUGUUGAAACUGCUCCUGGUAUAGCAGUAAAUACCUCAAAUUUGCCUUAAGGAAUUCAACAUUGUAUUCAUGAUUAGCACAUUUCAAGACUUUCUGUAAGAAAUGGAGAUGUGUAAUGAAGCUUGGUUUGUAACACCACCUCCAAAGACUGCAGCUUGAAACUUGACAUUGUGUACUGUGAUAUAAAGCAAUUGUCUGAUAAUUACACAGUAAGAUUUAACAGUGAGACUGUUAAGAGGUUUAAAGUGGCUGCUCUUUGGUAGUGCAUGCUGUUUUCUAAAGCAGAAAUUCUGUUAUUGUCAGACUAAUGCUUUGAAGUAACAAGACAUGCAAAUAGGUACUUCUCAAGAGCUGACAUAGGUUAGGCUGUGUCUUUCAUUGUGGAUAACAACUGUUAAUGCAGUGUUCGGCCUUGUAGUAGGAGUCCAGAGAUAGGUCACAAAAUCUCCAGUAUCUGAAGCUGCUGCCUUAAAUACUUGUGUGUGCGUGGUUUUUUUGUAGUCGUAGU